AUGUACAACUUGCAAUUUGAUUUCAGUAGUUUGGAAGAAAAGAUGCAGCAGCUCCAUGUUAUGAUGGUACCCUGGCUUUCAUACAGCCAUAUCAGAGCCUUCUUAGAGCUCGCCAGGAAAUUAGACGAUCAAGGUCUCAAAAUUUCCUUUCUCUCCACUCCCCUCAAUAGUAGAUGGAUUAGAAAGCAGAUAUUGCAGCUGCACCCCAUCCCACAAAUCGAUCUGCUGGAGCUUCCACUGCCCUCUGUAGAAGGGCUGCCUGCAGGCGUCGAGUCAACUGCAGAUUUGAAGCGUGGAGGAACAUUUGGCCUACUUGUCGAAGCCAUGGACGAGUGGGAGAAACCAUUCGAAGCCCUGCUGGGAAGGGCUUCACCGGAUUUUGUAAUCCACGAUAUCACGCAGUACUGUGCUUCUGGAGUAGCCGCCAAACUGUGCAUUCCCACCAUAUUUUUCGUCAACACGUCUGCCUCCAGUUCGGGCUUCCUUCUAGGUCAUGAAGCCGCCAUUGUAGAGAAAAGUACAAUAGUCCCAAAUCUGACACUGCCGCCUCCUGGUUUUCCCUCGGCUCACAUCCGCCAUUCAUCGUUUGGAGCCUGGAAGAACCUGCAUAGAACCACCAGCAGACCCGUGCUUCCCGUGGGGAUUCAGAUGUCCGAUCUAACGCCGCCGUCGACAGAUGACCAUUGCUUGGCUUGGCUCGAUGUUCAGAAGCCCUGUUCGGUGGUGGUGGUGUCACUUGGCAGUGAAUGUAUUCUCACUCCGAAAGAGCUGGCUGCCUUGGCGCUGGGACUAGAAGAGAGUGAGCUUCCAUUUCUCUUUAUUCUUCUCCACCAGAUGGCUGCUGUGUUGCCCCACGGCUUUGUGGGGCGCACAAGAGGAAGAGGACUAUUGGUGACGAAGUGGGCGCCUCAGUUGCACAUUCUGGCCCAUUCUUCUGCAGGAGCGUUCCUCACUCAUUGCGGGUGGAUCUCAGUGAGUGAAGGAUUGAGGUUUGGCGUACCAUUUGUGACACUUUCAAUGAUGUACGAACAAGGGUUAUAUGCUAAGCUGAUAGCCGAGGAACUCAAGUUGGGGGUGGAGGUCAGGAGAAACGAGGAUGAUUCUUUUACCAAGGAAGAUGUCAGUAAAGCUGCUCGCACAUUAAUGGUUGAAGAGGAAGGCAGACACUUCAGAUCACGUGUUCAAGAAAUCAAUGCAUGUCUUGGACAGGAAUGA